GAAAUUUAAUUUGAAGUCGCAAUGUUUUUGAAAAUGUUGUUAAAUACAUUUUAAAGUGGUUUUGGUUCCCACAAAAUGUUUAUUAAAUUUUCUUACAUUUUUAUUAAAACUAUGUAAACGAUAAGCUUAUCUUUGUGACGAGGAUAAGCUCUAAAUAGUCGACAAUGGCCACAGAAAAAUAUUCACGCUGGUAUUUUGGAGGUCUAGCAUCUACGAUGGCCGCUAGCUUAACGCAUCCCUUGGAUACGCUUAAAGUCAACUUGCAAACACAACAGGCGAAAAUGUCAAUUUUAGAACUUGUUUUAAUCAUCUUUAGACAGCGUGGAUUGUUGGGAUUUUACAGAGGUAUUUCGGCCUCAGUAAUGCGACAAUUGACGUAUUCUAUGUCGCGCUUUGGCGCCUACGAGAUUGGUAAGGACUAUGUGAACACCGAAACAUUUGCCGGCAAGGUUGGACUGGCUGGAGUAUGUGGCGUGCUUGGUGGUGUUAUUGGCGCACCCGCAGAUAUGAUUAACGUGCGUAUGCAGCAUGAUGUUAAAUUGCCGCCAGAAAAGCGCAGAAACUACAAGCACGCAUUUGAUGGCUUGACAAAGGCGUAUCGUCAGGAAGGUGUUCGUAGGCUCUUCACAGGCGCAACUAUAGCUGCUUUUAGAGGUGGUCUCAUAACCAUUGGUCAGUUGGCAUUUUAUGAUCAGAUCAAGUCGCUUAUGUUGAGCUCUUCGUACUUUAAUGACAACUCAGUAACGCAUUUUACUGCCUCGCUGCUCGCUGGCAUUACGGCAACAACAUUAACACAGCCCGUAGAUGUGCUGAAAACGCGUAUAAUGAAUGCCAAGCCCGGAGACUUCACAGGCUUGAUCGACAUUAUACGAUAUACAGCUGAGCUGGGCCCGAAAGGCUUCUUUAGAGGCUAUGUGCCGGCCCUUGUUCGAAUUGUACCGCUCACGAUUCUAACAUUCAUGUUCUUGGAGCAGCUGCGUCUGCAUUUUGGCUACGAAAAGAUCAAGCCAAUUGUUUACAAAUACUGAUAAAAUUUGGUUUUAAAGAAGAAUUCCUUUAAGAAAAGACUUUUAGAUAUCCUAACUAAAUCGCAAGAGUCUGAUCAGAUCUAUAUCAAAAUUCUGUACAGCGAAAUUUGGUGUUACGAGUACACAACAAUUUCCGUUUAAAUAUAUCUUAACGGAAUCGCACCAACAUUUUGUAAUCUCAGGUGUAAAUCAAAAUUCCAUUGAAAAUGCAAAACAAAAUUAAAAGCUUGUAGCUCGUGUAAAAAGUGCUGUUCAA